AUGCCAACACUGGCACCGGCACAGGAUGCUACAACGUGGAGACUCACCAAUGCGACUGCGCAGUCUCCGAAUCUACCUGCCAUGCUCGGGGAGGCACCUGGACGGACACGUGCCGCUCCUGUGAUUCCACGACCAACGAGCAGCAUCCCCAGUGCCAGAGGCAAUACUCUUGGGGUUGCUUUGAUGAGGCCAGUCAUGCUUGUCAGUGCACCGUCUCCGAGCAAACCUGUGAAGCAGCUGCUGGCAAGACCUGGACCCAUGAGUGCUGGUCCUGCUGCCACGGCUCUUCUUGGGGCUGCUUCGUGCCCGGCACUGGCCCCGAGUCCGGCUGCCACU